CCCACUGACACAUCCGGCCGGUCCCUAUCAAUCGAUCAGAGAGAGGAAGAUGGCGGUAGACGGACUCAGCGCUGCAAGAUCGAUCACCGAAAAACUCGAUUGGGUUUGUUUUUCAUAAUUGAGUGAAACAAAAGCAGACGCCGCCUGAAGUGAGGGGUUUGGACACGGAGUGAAGAAAAGACAACAAAGAGUGGAUGUCCACAGAGCCUGUGUCUCACUACCAGCUUCUUCCACCAGAGAGAUGGAGUUCCCGUGGCACAGUGGGAAGGUCCUGGAGCAGCUUGAUCGGCAGCGUAAGCAGGGUCUGCUGUGUGACUGCACCUUUGUUGUGGAUGGGGUGGACUUCAAGGCUCACAAAGCUCUGCUGGCAGCCUGCAGCGUUUACUUCCGCACCCUCUUUCUGGACCAGAAAGAUGUGGUGCAUCUGGACAUCAGCAAUGCAGCAGGUUUGGGUCAGGUCCUGGAAUUUAUGUACACGGCCAAACUGAAUUUAAGUCCACAGAAUGUAGAGGACGUACUGGCUGUUGCAAACUUUCUACAAAUGCAAGAGAUUGUGAACGCCUGUUCUGCAUACCAGUCAAUGUCAAAUCCAGCUCCUUCAGUCAUAACAUUGGAUUUCACUGUCGACGAAAAGGCAGGUGACAGUGAGCAGAAAGAGAAGGAGAGUGACCUGCCAGAAGUGGCAUCACAGGCUGAGGAGAUUCCUGCUUGCACCCCCACAGAAGAUAAAGAGCCCACACAAAAUCAGGAUGACAUGAAGGGGGACAUCUCUACAGAAACCAGUCCUUCUACAACCAAGUCAAGAGGACGCCCGCCCAAAUCCAUUCCCCAUACUGCUCAAAUAAAGAUUGAAAGUGUUACUCAAGACGCAACUGGAUUUCAGGAUGACCCCUCCGACACAGACUACACACCGAAAGCACAGUCAAAGUCUGGUGGCAGAUCAACGUACAUAAGCUCUCGAGGGAGAAGAAUCAGAAGAUCUCAGAGACGAAACUCCUUCCCUGACAGUAACUCAGAGGAUGAAGGCACAACAAAGACAAAACCCCAGAAGAAGGUGGUGGAGCCAGUAGAUGUGGAUGAGGGAGAGGAAGACGAUUCUGGGGAGAGUGAUAUUGAAGAUGAAGAUGAAGAUGAAGAUGGAGAUGGAGAGGAAGACGGUGAGGACAGCCAGAAGUCAAAAGAAGUCGAUUCUAGCACUGAGCAAGAUGAGAGACAAACACAGUCAGCAUCAAUGAGCAGCCGAUCUGAGUCAAAGCCUUACAGCUCCGUGACACACAAAUGUGAGGACUGUGGGAAGAAAUUCACCCACACUGGCAACUUUAAGAGACACAUGCGCAUUCACACCGGAGAGAAGCCUUUCAGCUGCCGGGACUGCAACAAAGCCUUCUCUGACCCAGCAGCCUGUAAAGCCCACGAGAAAACACACAGCCCCCUGAAGCCAUACUGCUGCUCUACAUGUGGAAAGAGCUACCGUCAGAUCAGCCUGCUCAACCUGCACCGCAAACGCCACACAGGCGAAGCGCGCUACAGCUGCAGUGUGUGCAGCAAGCUCUUCACCACAUCUGGCAACCUGAAGAGGCACCAGUUGGUGCACAGCGGGGAGAAGCCAUAUCACUGCCACUUCUGCAAUAAGGCCUUUUCCGACCCCACCGCCAAGAUGAGACAUCUAGAGAUACACGACACAGACAAGGGCCACAAAUGUCCACACUGUGAAAAAAGAUUUAAUCAGAUGGGGAAUUUGAAGGCGCACUUAAAGAUCCAUAUAACAGACGGGCCUCUCAAAUGCAAAGAAUGUGGAAAACAGUUUACCACUUCAGGAAAUCUGAAGAGACACCUGCGGGUUCACAGCGGGGAGAAGCCAUACAUCUGUGUGCACUGUCAGAGAGCCUUCAGUGACCCUGGAGCUCUGCAGCGACAUGAACGCAUCCACACAGGAGAAAAGCCGUGUGUCUGUGGUAUCUGUGGUAAAGCCUUCACCCAGGCCAGCUCGCUUAUCGCUCAUGUCCGCCAGCACACAGGAGAGAAGCCUUAUGUGUGUGAUCGCUGCGGCAAAAGGUUUGUGCAGUCCAGUCAACUGGCCAAUCACAUUCGCCAUCACGACAAUGUCCGUCCUCACAAGUGUCAGAUGUGCAACAAGGCAUUCGUCAACGUGGGAGAUCUGUCAAAGCACAUAAUCAUACACACGGGGGAGAAACCUUUCCUGUGUGACAAAUGUGGGAGAGGAUUUAACCGCGUGGACAAUCUGCGAUCCCACGUCAAAACCGUCCACCAUGGCAAGGCCGGCAUGAAGCGGCUGGUAGUGGCUGGGGGCAGCACAGACGAUGGGGCUGACGGUUACCCAGGCUCAGCCACCUCUGACAGUGAGAUUAACAUCGUUACUGUUACCACAGAUGAUAUCGUCACUUUGGCGGGAAGUGCUGUCGCUCAGCUGACAGUCGUACCAGUGGCUGCUACGGUGUCUGCAGAUGAGACCGAGGCUUUGAAAGCUGAAAUCACCAAAGCAGUAGAGAAAGUGCAAGAAGAAGACCCAGACACCCAGAUCUUGUAUGCUUGUGAUUCAUGUGGCGAUAAAUUCUUGGAUGCAAGCUCCCUAGCUCAGCACGUACGGAUCCACACAGCUCAGGCCUUGGUCAUGUUUCAGGCAGAUUCUGACUUUUACCAGUACACCACAGCCACUACCACUGAGGGGGAAACUACCACAACAUGGCAAGCCACGACUGAGCAGGUCAUCCAGGAAGGGGAAAACUAAUCUGCUGUGCCCAUGAUGAAGAGACAAGCAGAAAGAUGGAUGAUGAGGGAUACGUGAGACCAAGAAGGAGGAAACCCACAUUGAUGAAAGCUGGAGAAUGAGAGGAUGAGCGUGUCAACUUUAGUGAAGAUUUGUGAAAGAUGUCUGAAAUAUUGUUUAUAAUAGAAAUCUAAUUUAUACAGGAGGAGGAGCAGAAGACACACAAUGUCAGAAGUAAAAUUUACAUAAUGAGAUGUGAUCAUUUGGUAAAUAUUGAGGUGGUUAUACUGUGUAUAGUUUUUUAGACUGAAAUGCAGGUUUGUGCAUUGUAAUUUGUGCAAGACAUUUACAGUAGAUGGCCACAAAAUAAUUCAAACACCUCUCUGUGUUACUCCCCAUUCCACUCUGGCGACAAUGUACAUUUCUAUUAAACAAACUAUUUUAUUGUAGAAGUAUUUUCAUGAAAAGCAGAUAAAUUAUAUGAGGUGACUUGUAACGUCCUGACACUGUAAAUACUGUGCAUGUGUAAAGUUUGUAGAUUUGCUGUGUCCUCGAAAAAUCUUAUCACCUCUGGUAAAAGAUUAAAAGAAACAUUUGUUUUAAUGUCAGACUUGUCAACAUUACAAGACAGUUAUUUUUUUCUUUUAUUACAAUAACUUGAUUACAUUGUUAUGAAGGGUCUUGUCAUUGUUUACAUUAACCUGCAAGAUGUUCAAAUGAAAAUAAGUAACCUUGGUUAGUCUCACUGGAAUAAUCAUCAUCAGAUUAAUAAAAAAGAAAAUAAAUGACCA